AUGAUGAUGAUGAUGACUUCGAAGUCGCGGUUGGGCCGCCGAAAAUGCUGGUCUUCGUGUGCUGCUACUGAUUUACGAGCGAGGAUGUGGAGUUUUACGCAAACCUCCUCCUUUUCCUCUUCGAACACCUCGAACAACAUUAGCGCAAAUUUAGGGAAAUCACCACCGUUAUCCUCUCUGAUUGUUGAUAAACGCGGGAAGAUGUUUACCUCCCUCGAACGCAAUCACAGCCAAAAACUCAUCCUAGACCACAUUCACGCGCGAGACGUGUCUUUAUUAGAACACGUGGCGGAUAAGUUCACCGGCGUUUCCGCGACCAUGGUACAGAGAGAAAAGUUUUCGAUUUUGAGGACGAACAGGUUUAGCGCGGUUAUAGGGGAGGACUGCUUACACUUGUUCGAGAAGGAUUCGGCGAGCUCAAGAGCGGUCGCGCAGAAAGUGUCCUCGCUGAUGAAGACGAUUUUACAGGAAGAGCAACAACAACAGCAGCAGAAUCAGCAGCGUUCGUAUUAUUAUUCGUUCCCGCAACUCGCCGCGGAAGCGUGUUUGGAUGAAGCGUCGACGCAGUUGGAGCUGAAGCUGCGAAGGUUAGGUUUGCUCGUCGACGCGGUGACGAAACCGCUGAAGAACAGUAGCGAGAAUAACGGCGAACGCGCGGAUUUUGAGUUAUCAGUGGGGCAGUUUCAGAGGUUGUUGCCGUUGAAGCAAGCGUUGGAUGAGAUCGAUACGGACAUCAGGGAGCAUCAUCAAAUGUUGGACGAGGCGUUGAGGAAGGAGUUUUCGUUUGAUUUAGAACAACAACAAAGAGGAGGAGGAGGAGCUACGGACGAGGUGGAAAUCGCUUCGUCGUCGACACCCGACGACGAGAAUACGAACAACGUGUUGCAGCUGCUAACGUCGCACGCGGGGAGAUCUCGAGCGAUGGGUGGUCGCGUGUUGGAGCUAAAAAACGCUUUGCGCGCGACGCGAGAGGUGUGGGAAUUACAACUGGAUGUCGACCGAAAUAGAGUUGUUCGCUUAAACCUUCGCGCGACGAUUUUAGGCAUGAGCUGCGCGGCGGCGAGUUUACCCGCAGCCGCUAUGGGGAUGAACGUUCCUCACGGUUUGGAAGAAAGCGCGGUUGGUCUCACCGGCGCUUUUUCUGUCAUCUCGUUCGCUAUGGGUGCCAUCGGUGUCGGUCUUUGGGGCGCUUUUACUCGUCAGAGCAAAUCCACGUUCAUCCCGUCGCUCUUCGGCGGAGGCAAACACGAAAAACACGUGCGAGAGUUGAGAGCGUUGCGAUACGUCCUCGUCAACUUGGACAACUUGGACGACGUUUUACGCGACGAUAUUAAUACCGUCGUCGUCAGAAAAAGCGAUUCUCAAGAACAACCCACGACGACAAAUCGAGAACGCGUGCGGAAAGAAAUCCAAUCCGUCGGCGACGGCGCCGCAGACGCCGAAUCCGUCGAUUUAGUCUUCGAGGUGUUCGAUAAAAAUCGAGACGGGGAAAUUUCAACCGGAGAAUGGGUCGGCGAAAGAUGA